AUGCGAGAAUCUGGGCAGGUGAAAGGAAAUAGCACACAAGGGGAUAGGAGAAUACCAGACGACGGAAUUGGUGUCACGGCUGCGACCACCGCUGCUACCUCCUCCAGUAUCAAAUCCAAUUCCAACCUUAAAGGCAGGAUCAAAUCCAGUAUCAAAAUCAGUACCACUUCCGCUGCCACAGAUGCCUCCCUCUCUGACCUCCCCACAGCAGCAGAGGCCCGUUUCAUCUCCUCCCUCCCACUUGGAACGCUCGUUUCAGCAGCCGGAACAAUUCGCGACCAGCGAGAGGACCCCCAUAUAGUCACAUUCUCGCCCAAGGUCUUCAUUCCAGUCACAUUUCUCUGCAGAGACACAUGCGCCUACUGCACCUUUGCCAAGCCUCCGGAUCAGGUUCGGCGCGCAUACAUGACCGAAGCUGAGGUGCUGGAAGUGGCUUGGGCCGGAGCUGCGGUUGGGUGUGUGGAGGCUCUGUUCACUCUGGGUGAUAAACCAGAGCUCAGAUACGAGGAGGCGAGGAAAGAGCUGCAGGAGCUGGGAUUCGCCUCUACCAUACACUACGUCGCCCAUUUAGCAGCCAGAGUGCUACAGUGCACAGGUCUCAUUCCACACAUCAACGCGGGCACCAUGGGGGCGGCAGACCUUGUCCUUUUGCGCCACGUGGCGGCCAGCCAGGGGCUGAUGCUGGAGAGCACGGCAGAGGCGCUGAUGAAGCCCGGUGGGGCCCACUGGGGAUGUCCAGAUAAGGAGCCGAGCGUGAGGCUGGGAACGAUUGAAGCUGCUGGUGCAGCUUGCAUACCCUUUACAAGUGGUCUCCUUGUCGGAAUAGGCGAGACAAAGGCCGACAGACUAAGGGACCUACUAACUCUACGGGACCUGCACUCCCGCUACGGGCACAUACAGGAGAUUAUUAUCCAGCCGUUCAGAGCCAAGGGGCAGACGAGGAUGGGGGGGUGGGGCCAUGCAGAGGUGGAGGAGUUGCUGUGGAGUGUGGCGAUGGCGAGGAUCGUGUUUGGCGCUCAUAUGAGCAUCCAGUCGCCGCCCAACCUGAGUGUGGGGGACCUGGCUCAGGGUGCUCUCAUAGCAGCGGGGAUCAACGACUGGGGAGGAGUCUCACCAGUCACCGUUGACUGGGUCAACCCUGAGGCCCCCUGGCCGCACAUUCACGAGCUGGCGACAGCCACUGCAGUUUCUGGAAAGGUUCUCGUGCCUCGCCUGCCAGUCUACCCCAGCUUUCUGUCACUGCACAACCAGGACACGUGGCUUGACCCCGCGGUUCUUCCGCACGUGCUCCAACUCUCAGACAGCUCAGGCUACGCUAGGUGCCACCAGUGGGCUCCUGGAACGCUGCUGCCCCUGCCACACAGUGCAGAGGGCUUGCUGGUAGGAGCAGCAGCUGGAGGAGAAUCAGAAGCAACAGCAGCAGCAGCAGCAGCAGCAGCAGCAGAAACAGUGGAAUUGAGGGAAAUCAGCGGAGGAGGAUGUAUAGCCGUCGGUGCAGAUGGGUUGUUGACAGGGACAAACAGGAUGCUGAUGGGGACGGAUGGGUUGCUCAACGGGACAGAGAGCCGUGCCCACGUGCCCGGCGAUGACGUGGACAUUAGACCGAGUGACAAGGCUAUGCGAAUACGUGACGUGGCACGAGCAAGCGAUGAUGUGGCACGCAUCCUUGAGCGAGCUCUGGAGGGACUCACGCUGACUGAGGCUGAGAUAGUUCGGCUCUUCUCUGCACGCGGCACUGACUUUUACGCGGUGUGGCGCGCUGCAGAUGGGUUGAGAGCAGUGGUGAGCGGUGACGAGGUGUCGUACGUGGUGAACCGCAACAUCAACUACACCAACGUGUGCACCUAUGCCUGCCAGUUCUGCGCCUUCAGCAAGGGGAAAUCAGCCGAGAGCCUUAGGGGGCAGCCAUACCUCAUGUCACUGGAGGAGAUCAGCAGUCGAGCCAAGGAGGCAUGGGAGCGAGGUGCAACCGAGGUCUGCAUGCAGGGAGGCAUACAUCCAGACUUUACUGGAGAAACCUACCUCUCCAUCCUCUCAGCCGUCAAGGCAGCAUGUCCCCACAUGCAUGUGCAUGCCUUCUCGCCUCUGGAGGUGUGGCACGGUGCCACGUCCCUCCGCUGUAGCAUGCCGCACUUUCUCCAUCUCCUGAGGAAUGCAGGUCUAGGGUCUCUGCCUGGAACAGCUGCUGAGAUCUUGGACGACUCAGUGCGAGCCGUGCUGUGCCCAGACAAGAUCUCAACCGUCCAAUGGAGGGAGGUGAUCGAGGCCGCUCAUGCUGUCGGCCUCCCCACCACCUCCACCAUCAUGUUCGGCCACGUGGACCAUCCAAUUCACUGGGCACGGCACAUGCUGCUGCUGCGGUCCAUUCAGGAGCGGACAGGUGGCAUCACGGAAUUCGUCCCCCUACCAUUCGUGCACAUGCAGGCGCCUGUGUAUCUCAAGGGCCGGAGCAGGCAAGGGCCCACGUUCAGAGAGUGCGUGCUGAUGCAUGCUGUGGGCCGGCUGGUGCUGCACCCACUAAUCGCCAACAUCCAGGCCUCAUGGGUGAAGAUGGGAUUGGAGGGCGUUUCUUGUCUGCUGUCGGCUGGUUGCAAUGACGUGGGCGGCACACUGAUGAAUGAGAGCAUCACACGGGCGGCUGGAGCAGUGCAUGGUCAGGAAGACACGACUCGUGAAAUCGACUCCAUCUCGCUGCCGCGUGCCGCGGCAAUGGCCCGGAAAUUCUCCCGUCAACUCCAAGGUUCCGCGAAGAAGCGACGAGGACAGGCGAAAUUUUGCCACCCGCCGCGACCGUUGUACAACAUCCACCUUAUACUCUCAUGUGCUACAAUCGCGGUCGCUGCUUGUAACGCGUCUUCUCUCACCGAAUCACCCCCCACGCCAUCCGCUUCUAUCAACUCUGCUUAUAACGCAGCUUAUCAUCCCAGAGACCUUCCCGUCCGCGGUAUCCCGCACACCAGCCGUUCGCUGAAGCAGCCCAUCACCUCCGAUCCAACCUCUGUUAGACUCAGGCCCAGCAACAUUGCUCCCGCUGCCACUCGCUCUCCCAGCCAAUUGCCAGUCAUCCCGUCCGACUUGGGCCCAGAAAUAAUAUCCUUCUGCGGGCAGGGUGUUUGCGCAAAGAACCCCAAGUGGUGCGGGGUAAUGAACAACCCUAUCCACGUCUACCUCGUGUGGUACGGAAGCUUCUCCGAUACUCAGAAGAACCUUCUCCGAACUUUCAUCCACUCCUUCAGCAGCACUGAAGGCACAGUCGCUGACUGGUGGCGAACCAACACCCUCUAUUACGACUGCUCCGGCCGCAACGUCUCCUCUUCUGUAGUUCUAGCAAGGGAGCACCACGUGAGGCGCCCCCUCAGGCUACUGUAUGGGCUCAAGUCAAUAAGGCGGGUGGUGAAGAAGAGAAUGAAGAGCGGCGCUUUCCCGCUUGACGAGGAUGGAGUCUACUUCGUUAUCGGCGAUGGGAGUGUUGCUCAGAGGGUUGAGAGUGGUGAGGGAGUGGUGAACCCAGACCAGAAGAAGCUCAUCAAAGUGGCUUAUGUGGGCAGCCCUGUCAAGUGCCCCAGCAGCUGUUGGCUCGCCGCCUUCGCAUUUAACGACAGCCCCAACAGGGAUAAGUCGUUCGACUCGCUGCUCUCCACGUUUGCUCAUGAGCUUGCAGAGGCCACGAGUGACCCCUAUGUGAUGAAUUGGUACGAUGCCUCGGGACAGGAGAACGCCGACAUAUGUGCCUGGAAGACCGGCACCCUAUCCUACACAUCAGAUGCUGCACCUUAUAACCUGGAGGGGGUGCGUGGAACCAAGUUCCUCAUACAGCAAAACUACGACCCGAUUCAACGAACCUGCGUCACCACCACAGCCGCUAGUUGA